UUUUUUUUUUUUUUUUUUUGUGUGUCGUAAAUCACUACUUUUAUAAGAUCCAUGCACAUAUAAGUUAUAAUCUUGUAAUUUGUUACAUUUUAUGGUCUUAAUCUAUAAUUUUUAAAAAAUCUUCUCAUCAUCGUUAUAAACAUCUUAUGAAUGUUAAUGAGUAUGUGCAUAUAUGAUAUAAAAAUAAAUAUAAUACUUCUCUUUUCAAAGACACAUGUAUAUAGUAGUCAAGUAUAUUUGUAUAUAUACCACUAUUUCAUAUACUAUUAAUUAGCAAAUAAUUUAAUUUUUCUUUUGAAUUUGAUUGCGAUUAUGUGUUCAUUUUGGCAGUAUCAUAAUCAUGAAUAAAGCUAGUACAAAAAAAAUAUUGGCCAAAUUAAAUUCAUGAUUAGAAUUGAUCUUUGAGUUAAUUUAAGUGCGUAAGAAAAUAAAAGAGAAGAAUUUUGUCAGUAAAUUUAGAGAAUCGUUGCCACUUGUCUAUGCAUCUUCUUCUCAGUGAGUCAUUGUAACUAACACACAAGAAUCACGUACCACAUCUAGAAACAUACGUAUAUUGGUCGACGAACUACUAUAGUUUAUGCUUCGAUUAACUAGAAUACAGACAUUUAAUAUAUGUUUAGUUUCAAGAAAAAAAAACAAAAAAAUUAAAGUGGGUAAGGAACAAAAAAAAGAAGAAGAUGAUAUCAUUAAGUGUGAACAGAUUAGAUUACAUGCCACUUGUCCAUAAAUAGAAACAUUUAAACAUUGACAAAUGGCAUGUCGUAAUCUCUUUUAACUUAAUAUAGAAAAUCUUUUUUUUUGCCCAGUUUAACUAAUCUGUAUUUAAUCACUCAAACUUUCUUCAUAUAACACCAUACCAAAAGUAUAGAAUCAAAAAAUAUUCUUACAUAUUUUUGGCCGACUAAAUUAUUAGUCUAUGAUCAAAUUAGCAAUCUAUAUUUUUGUUAUUUUACUAACAUGUACAAUUUAUAUGUCGCAUUAUUCAUAGAAUAAUUGAUUAACGUACGAAUUAAGAAAGCAGUUCUGUAGUUUUUUAACUUGGUGCAUAACUUUUCAAUAUCUCAAUUUAUAUGUUGAUAUAUAUAUAUAUAUAUAGAUUUCAAUUAGUAACGCCUUAAUUACCUUCUGAUAUAAUUAAAUAAGAUAGAUUUUUGAGUAUAUAUAUAUAUACACAUAUAUAAUCAAUAGUUAGGGCCUUAUGAGUUGAAAUUUCAUUAUUUUAAAUUGUAUAGAACUAAUAUUUUAAAGAAGAAUAAAAUGAUCGUUUAUUUUAAAAUAAAUUAUAUUUUUGAUUUACUAACUAUACGUCUUUUGUGUUUUAAUGAAAAAAUGCAUGGACAAGUGGAAACCAUUCUCUAAAUCUAAUGAGUGAAUCUUUCUCUCCUUUUUUUAUGCACUUUAAAAAAUAAAGUUAAAUGAAUUUACCAUUAGUUGUUAAUAUUGCUUGACUAGCUUUCAUUCAAAAAUCAUGAAUUACCAUUAUAGGGUUCUUUUUUUGUGUGAAAAAUCUACCCAUUAUAGUUGUAAGAUAAAAUUCAUCAUACAUAUACAAUGUACGCCCUUAAACAGGAAAAAAUGAAAGGUGGAAGAGCAGGAUCACAACAUAUUAAUUAAAGUUCAAAAAGACAAAAGAAAAAAACAUACUGUAUUAGAAUCACAUCAUAUAAUAUGUUUGAUUAAUGUAUCAAUCUACGUACAUUGUUAUAUAUAACUGGAUGUACAAGUUUUACAAAAUUGGAAUUUAUGUUUCGUUAUAAUGCUUUAUAUGAUGUGAUUAUAAUAUGUUUUUAGAUCUUCUUGUCUUUUUGAACUUUAAUUAAUAUGUUGUGAUCCUCCUCUACCACCUUUCAUGUUAUCCUGUUUAAGGGCGUGCGUUUUUCUUUUUUCUUUUAGGGGGUACGUUACUAAUUGAGAAUCACAAGUAACGAUUUCGUAUGGAGUUUGAUAUUCUAGUGAAGCUAUGAGACAAAUUAGCUAUUUCAACCUAAGUCAAGUAAUCGAAGAUAACUGUUUCCUUCCACACUUCCUUUUUACUAGGCAGUGUUAACCAAUUGAGAGUGAAAAAUGAUGGCUAAUGAAAAUGUGGAAACCAAGGCCUCUCCUUUAAUGGCAAGUGUUGAUCAUCAUCAUGGGCUUGGAUCCGGUUCGGGUCAUGAUCAUCAUCAAGGGUUAUCGGCGUCUGUGCCUCUUCUUGGUGUUAACUCGAAGAAGAGAAGGAUGCCAAGACAGAGACGAUCUUCUUCUUCCUUUAAGCUUCUCUCUUUUCCUCCUCUUAUGCCUCUUUCCUCCCACGUGCCAACUCCUCGCCCCGCACGUAAAAUUGACCCGGGAAAGCUAAGAUUCCUCUUCCAAAAAGAACUCAAGAACAGUGACGUCAGCUCCCUCCGCCGUAUGAUACUCCCCAAGAAAGCUGCGGAGGCUCACUUGCCGGCACUGGAAUGUAAGGAAGGGAUUCCUCUAAGGAUGGAAGAUUUGGACGGUCGUCACGUUUGGACCUUCAAGUACAGGUACUGGCCGAACAACAAUAGCAGAAUGUACGUGCUUGAAAACACAGGCGACUUUGUGAACGCUCAUGGUUUGCAGCUAGGUGACUUCAUCAUGGUUUACCAAAAUCUCGACUCAAACAAUUACGUUAUACAAGCAAGAAAGGCUUCUGAAGAAGAAGGAGAAGAAGACGUAACCAUGGUUGAAGAGGACGACGUUUACACAAACUUAACGAAGAUCGAAAACACCGUGGUUAAUGAUCUUCUCAUCCAAGACUUUAAUCACCAAAGCAGCAACAGCAACAACAACAAAUCUUCGUACUAUUACCCCGUCAUCGAUGAUAUCACCACAAACACAGCGUCUUUUGUCUACGACACGACGGCUUUGACCUCCAACGACACCCCACUCGAUUAUUUGGGUGGAAGUACGACGACUGCUAAUAAUUAUUACUCCGAUUUCGGAUCAUUUGAGGGUUUGGGCUCCGUUGAGAAUAUCUCUCUCGAUGACUUCUACUAGAGGGAUCAAUUGAUGGGGCUCGUGAUAAUUCUUAAUGGUGAUCAUAUAUCUUAUCUCCUUAUAUGUAUAAGGAUUAGAUGCAUUUUCAUAUCUUCAAAAGUAUUUAAAUAUUUACAUUAUUAUAGUUUAUAUGAAGAUCAUAUAUAGCUAUAUACUGUAAUAUGGGAGUCAUGAAGGUGUGUAUUUUGAUGAAUAAAUGUAAUUUUGUGUCGGCGCUUUAAUAUAUUAA